UUUGCUUCGUCUACAACUAAGAAUUUUUCGCAUAUCACCAUUAUUGAAAUUUACUACCGAGAAUGAAGUUGGUUCUAGCAAUCCUUUUGGCAUUCUUUGCUUUGGCUUAUGCCUAUCCCAGUCCAGGUGCUGAUCAGCAAGAAACGUUAGAUACGGUGAACGUGCCAUUGCUUGCGGAUGCGGACUCCGAUCAUGUACGAGAAGCGCGUGGUUCUGGUCCUGGUUGUUGUGGUGGCGGCGGCCGUGGUGGAGGUGGUUACGGAGGUUAUAAUGGUGGUGGUGGCAACAGAGGCUAUAAUGGCGGUGGCGGUGGCGGUGGCGGCUAUGGUGGUUAUUCCAGUGCUAGUGCUAGUGCCAGCGCCCAAGCUUCAGCCAGUUCUGGUGGCUACAACAAAUACGGCAAAUAAAGUGUAUAAAAGUGAUGAGCUGCUUUCAAGAUAUAAGUAAUGUUAUGUUUUAUAUUACGACAAAAAAAAUAUGAUGUAACAAGCAUGGAAUUCAUCGGCAUGUGUGCAUUGGAAUGUAUAAAAGAAAACUGGAUUGUACAAAGUAGAUUUAUUGAGCGGAUUUUAAUAAUAUAUUUCAAACGCUUUGGGUACAAUUUUAA